AUGGCCCCGCGAUUUGCGCUCCUUGUUUUGCUCCUCUCCCUCCUCCCCCUCGUGCUACCGCAUUCUAUCCGCCUUCCCUCUGCGCCAUGCGCCGCGCGGAUCGCGGCGCGGAGCCUAGAGGGGCGCGGGGUGCACCGCGUGCUGCGCACGUCGAUCCGCGUGACAUGCCGCGCGGACAUCCUCCGCCCACGUCAUUCAGUCGAUGCACACGUGGCGUGCGGAGAAACGUCCGCUACUAGAACGGGGAGUCGCGGGUUAAAUGUGAAUGACGGAGAGACAGAACGAGGGAGAGCGGUUAGAGGAGAUGAGGAGUGGCAUACAGAUGGGUGCAGAGCGGUACCGGAGCAGCGAGCCGACCUCAGUAGCUGCACUACUGCUGAUGAACACAUGGGAAGCAGUGGGGCGGCAGGGAGGACACGUGUCACGAUACGAUUGGAGCAGCCCAUUCCACGUGGGCUAUACGCAGAUCCGUUUGAGCUGGAGAGAAUCCUGCGACCAGCGGGCGACCGAGCCUGGGUGGUAGGUCCGGUGGAGCUGGAGCAGCCGGCGCCGCGCUGUGAAGCAACAGUUGCAGUGAUGGAAAGGGACGUGCACGUGGGGGAGGGGGAGCGGAAGGGGGAGGGGGGAGGCGCAGGGGGGAAAGUGAGGAAGGGGGAGGGUGCAGGGGACGAGGAGGGGCGGGGGGAGGGGGAAGGGGAUAUGCGAGUGGGGGAGGAUGAGGUUGCAUUCUCAUUGGAGUUCAGUUUGCCUCUGCACUCCCGAUACCCGGCCGUGCAGCCAGCUCUCUCCCCGCCACUCUCCCCUCUCUCCCUCCCCUGGGACUUGAAGCAACUUCAAGCCACCCUUCAGAGGAACCACUCUUUUCUGUCCUCCCUCUCCUCUCUCUUCUCUCUCUCCACCCUCACCUCUCUCACACAAGCCCUCACCGGCAGCUGCAGCCAAUCAUACGCCGCAAUUCAUGUGCCCUUGCCUUCAGCAUGCCUCGUGCUCCCUCCUCCCCCGACCUCACCUGCAGAUGGGGAAACGGACGGGUCUGGGGGAGCAGCAAGACUGGGAGGAGACUCGGAGGGAGACGAAGCAGAGCAAAGGCAUGAGGAGGUGAGGAGGGAGACGGAGGAGGGGGCGUUGGUAUGGGAGGUGCCGGCGGGGUGUGCUGCCCACACGCCCCUGGUGCUGUGGGGUACGUCCCUAGCUGCUGCUGUGGGGGCUCUGGUGCUUGUUGCCGCGGCUGCUGCUGCUCCCGUGCACACAGCAGGUGCCAAGGCCAGCAGUUGA